CUGCUCAGCAGCUGUUGAGGUCCGAGAUUCCAACAUGGCAGCAGUUGUGGUCAGCCAGGCUGCGGUCAGUUAGUCCCUCUUCCGCGCGAUAACUUGGAAUGCUUCCAACCGUCUCGUCUAAUAGCCGUCUCUGCGCGCUCCGUGGGACCACCGGCGGAUCGAUGCUCCCGUAAGCGCCGUUCAGCGCGCGUCUGACUCGCAGGCAUGGCGAUGCAGUGGACCCCUGAACAGGUGCAGUGGGCGGAGCAACACUAUGACACCACUUCCUCCUCUCUGUCGCCGGCCCACAAGGCCGAGGGAUACCAUCUGCAGCGUGUUGCUAUGGCAUCAGCUAGCUGGGCUAACGACGACAUCUCAGCGCUAACAGCCUCCAACCUGUUGAAGAGCUACGCACAGAGGUACUCUGCACUGGACAUGCCGCUCAUCGGCUACCCACAAUCCCCGGCGUUGCUGGCCAAUGGGAAGCCGGAUGCAGAGGGGUGGGAGGAGCCUGGAGGAGUGAUGUACCCUAUGGGAGGUGUUGUCGUCGGUGGCGAGGUGUCAGCCGGGUCGCUGUGCAGCUCCCCAGGGGUGGAGGCCUACGCCCCUUACCUGCAACCCCCCUCCCCCUACACCUCUCCUGCUCCCCCUCCCCCACCCUCCGCAUACCUCCCAGCAUGCCUUGCGGCCCCCAACCCCUUGCUGCCCCCCUCCUACCCCUCCUAUGCGCCCAGUGCCCCCCUCCCCGGCUGUGGCCCCGCCGGGCCCUUGAAGGCAAGACCCUUUUAUCCUGGGGCCCAGGUGGAGAUGGGGGGUCAGUCCUAUGGUGAGUUGGGAUACCCACAGCCCCAGCCAUCCAGCCCCGCUCUCUAUGCUGAGGCUGAUGACAGAAAUGCUAACGCUAAUGCUGGUGCUAACAGAGCGUUCAAACCGGCCAAUCGGGCGUCUUCGGGUGAGGGGGUGGUGGAAGCUGUGACUUCGCCAGGGUUCAGGAACGGUUCAGCCCGGUCUUCGGCCAAUCAGAACUCCAGCUCCAGGUCGGAACACUCGGCUGCGGUGUUUAGCUUCGGGUCGCCCGUGGCGGUAACCACCGACAGUCCUACGCACACCUCAGCUGUGGUCAACUCCUGCUCUUCCUCUUCCUCUUCUUCCUGCUCCUCCUCCUCUUCCUCCUCCUCUGCAGAGGACUGUCUAAAGGCACGCGCAUCCGCUCACAUGCACAUGCGCACACACAGUAGUUAUCCGCGCCUAGACAGCGAUGUGGCACACACACACAUGGAGGCCUACGCAACACACUGGGACAUCACAACCUGAUGUAGCACACACACUCACACACACACACACACACACACACACACACACACACACACACACACACA